GUAAACGUCUCACGCCAAGUCUCGAAGGGUCUGGGGAGUCGCUGGCAAGAAGCCUUUCCGUGCUAGCCACCAGGUCAGGCUGAUGGUGGGCAGAUGACUCGGCGUCGAUGGAGCCCACGGGGAGCGCACGGUGUCUGUUAACGGCCCUCGCGCUGUCGGCAUUAUUGUUCUUAGCUAUCGCGGAGAAUCAGUGCAAUCCCACUGGACCUCGGAAGGAUUGCGGAUACUACGGGAUCACCUCUGACCAAUGCCAGUCAAAGGGAUGCUGCUACAAUCCUGCACCUCCCACCACUGGAGCGGCUCUGUUGAGCCUUCCAGUCUGCUUCUACAAGAACAAUGGGGACAGCUCCUACUCGAUCAACAACCUUGCCCCCACUGCUGAGGGCACCGGACUCAGGGGACAGCUGUCGCAGCAGAGCUCAACGCAGCCAGAGCUGGGGCAGAAUCUGUCCCCACUCGACAUCAAUGUGCAGUAUCUCACCCCCUCCAUCAUGCGGGUCAAGAUAGGCCGGGCAGGGCGGAAUGAGGUCCCCUUCACACUCUUCAACAGCACCCUGCCACAAGGUUCUGCAACGCCACCCUCGAAUGCCACCUAUGCGUUUGAUUACAGCAGAUCCCCAUUCAGCUUCACUGUGACGCGCGCCGGCAACACAGCCGACCCACCCCUGUUCACCACAAAAGGCAGCCGCCUUAUAUUCAAGGAUCAGUACCUGGAGCUAACAUCAGCGGUGCCAAAGGAGGCCGCUCUGUACGGCAUCGGGGAGCACAUCUCCACGAGUGGGCUGCUGCUGCGGCGGGAGGGCGCGCCCCUGACCCUGUGGAACCGCGACAACGCAGCCUCGGAGCCCGACCAGAACACCUACGGGGCCUGGCCCUUCCUGCUGGAUGUCCGCCCAGGUGGCGCGACACAUGGCGUGCUGCUGCUGAACAGCCACGGCAUGGACAUUGUGCUGACUCAGACCCAGGUCAGCUACCGGGUGAUUGGCGGUGUCCUGGACUUCUUCUUCUUCAUGGGUCCGACGCCGCAUGCGGUGCUGGAGCAGCUGACAUCUGUCGUAGGGCGUCCCUUCAUGCCGCCCUACUGGACCAUGGGGCUCAUGAACAGCAAGUAUGGGUAUGGGUCGGUAAGGCAGAUCACGCGGGUGGUGGAGUCCUACAUGCAGGCCCAGAUCCCACUGGAGACCUUUGUCACGGACUCCCAGUACAUGGACAAGGACCAGGACUUCACCUUCAGCGCAGACUACGCCGUUGAUGACUUCCAGAACUUCCGGGCGCUGUUGGACAAGAAUGGUCAGCGCUGGGUGCCCAUCAUAGACCCGCCCAUCCACAUCAAGCAGGGCUAUGCCGCGUAUGACACCGGGAUAACAUCAGGGGUCUUUAUCAAAGACAUCACCGGCCGGCCCUACGCUGGCCAGAUGUGGCCUGGAGCGAGUCACUGGCCGGACUUCAUGGACCAGCGCACAAAUACCUGGUGGCAGCAGCAGAUCCAGGGUGUGUACAAGCAGGUCCCUCUGGACGGCAUCUGGCUGGACAUGAAUGAGGUCAGCAACUACUGCUCUGGCGACGUGUGUGUCGACCCAGGCAACGUGCUGCCCGCGAACGACUUCAUCUGCCGCAUGUCUUGCGAGUGGGGCCCCAACGCCAAAUCAGACGCGCUGCCGGGGCCGCGCGCGCAGAUCCCGGCUGGCUUCUACAACCCGCCCUAUGCCAUCAACAAUGCCAAUAACCAGAUGAACAUCAGCAUCAAGACGCUGCCGGUGACGUCCGCGCAUUUUGACGGGACGCUGGAGUACGAGGUGCACAAUCUGUACGCGCUCUACCAGGCCAAGGCCACAGCUGAUGCCCUGCGCGCCAUCCGCCAGAAGCGGCACUUCAUCUUCACUCGGUCGACUUUCGUGGGGUCUGGGGCGUACACAGCGCAUUGGACGGGUGACUCAGCGUCCACCUGGCAGGAUCUGAGGUGGCAGGUGCCGGCGGUGGUGGCCCCUGGUCUCGUGGGCAUCUCCUUCACAGGAGCUGACAUCUGCGGCUUCCAGAAUUUGGCGACGGAGGAACUGUGCGCGCGAUGGAUUGCAGUGGGCGCCUGGCAGCCGCUGGCGCGCGUGCACCAUGCUCAGAGCUUCCAAGAGCUUUACAGGUGGCCGGCAGUGGCGGAGGUGAGUCGCAAGGUGCUGGGCUGGCGGCUGCGCGCGAUGCCAUACUUGUACACGGCCUUCUUCGACUCGCACACCUACGGCUGCCCCGUCGCGCGGCCGCUCUUCUUCACGUUCCCCUCAGACGCGAGCACGCUCGCGCUUAAGGAGCAGUGGAUGAUGGGGGAUGCACUGCUGAUCACCCCAGUGCUGAGGAAGGGCGCGAAUGCCACAAAAGGGUACUUUCCCCCUGGCGUCUGGUACAACCUGUACAACCAUUCCGCUAUCAACACCACAGCUGGCGGCCAGAACAUCACUGUAGAGGCAAAGGUGACAGACCUGACGCCGAUCCACGUGCUGGGAGGGAACAUCGUGCCGCUGAGCCAGGGGGGAAUGACCACGGACGCAGCCCGCAAAAAUCCCCUCUCGCUACUUAUCGCCCUGGGCCCGGCCUCUUCAGGCAACGAUGCAUACUCUGGCACUGUGGCACAGCGCUGCACCGGCCCCUGCACUCCUCAGCAGGGCGCCUCUCUGCAGGCAUGCGGGCACAUGUAUCUGGACGAAGGGGAGGAGCUGAAUCUGGGCAGCAGCAGAGACCACAUGCUGGCAUUUUCUGCCUUCACUGCACGUGCCAAUGCGACCGUAAACGGGCAGGUGCGGCUGAGCUGGCUGGGGUUGCCGGUGAACGGAUCCAGCGCAUGCAGUGGAAAUGUGGCAUGGCCGACGUUUGAUGGCGUUGUCAUUCUGGGUGCCUCUCCUGCCGAUCCUGCCAGCUUCACCCUCCAGGUGGGAGGGAAUGGCACAGAGGCGGCUGCGCAGAAGCUGGACCCUUCUCUGGUGUCCGUUGAUGCGGCUGCUUCCAGUGUGACAGUCAAGGGCUUGAACAGGACCCUCACAUGCGGAGAGGCCCUGCAGUUGAACUGGUCAGAAUCGUCAUAAAUGGCUUCAUCUGAGUGUGAACAUGGUACGGUAAACAUGCAUGGAAUUGACAAGCCGGCAAAAGAGCGUGCCUGUUUUGUUCUCAGUACUCACGUUGCAAGGUUGGCUGGAGGAGCAGUUCUGCUCUGCAGCUGGUGACUUUGUUGCAGAUGCCUCCAGUAUAUAUUUGAGAGGAUCUCCUAGAGAAAUGAGCCAACAUGCAAUUGCAGCAUCGCCAAAAAUGUGAGACGUACAGAAACCUGCAUAUGGGGUGAUUCAUUGCUAGUGAGCCAGUCUGUGUCAUCAUUUGGUGGAGCUUUUUCUUAUAUUCUCUGCUCAGUUUUUAAGUGAUUUCAGAUGCAGCCUGUUUUGAUUGAUGGAACGUAAAUGGCAGAUUAAUAUCUUGGUAUGAGACCCUGAAUACACCCUUGGCUGUUGCGCGAUCUGUUUGUACUUCAAAUGCAGCUUGUGCACACUUGAUAUGUCAGCAUCAUGUUGUUGUGAUGGAUUGAUAGAAGACGUUGAUUUUAUGUGAGCGUGGCUUAAUAAUGGAGCUUCUUUAUUUAC